AUGUCGCUCCUCCGGCGUGUCACAACAUUUUUGACGCCUACACAAUCGUCGGCAAAUUUGAACGCCGGGUUCAGCACCGCAAAGACCGAGGCCGAUUUGUUUCCACCCACGGACCCUGCCAUAGACGGCGAACAAUGUCUCCACGAUUGCUCGUCGUGUACCGUCCACUACCCUGCGAAGUUCUCGAUCGACGAGGAUGACCGGCUGUUUGGUCAUGUCAAGGGCUUCAACGUCCAUCUUCUGGUCGGCACGGGCAAGACGGACUGGGUGAGGGACGUCACCGAUGAGAAACAUUCCGUCAUGCAAGCCGUGGGGAAGGUGGGACUCGAGAUGAGUGGGAAGAGGGGCAAGGUCAUGCUGAGUGCCAGUAACUUCCCCAGCGGAGAGGAGUGUCAUGGACCCGGCGAAGAGGAGGGCACAGCUGACGUGAUGCUCCUGCCGAGCUGGAAACUCAUCGAAAAGGUGCCGCCUAGUAAAGCGGGCGCAUUGAUGAGGGAGGUGGUCGAGAGGAGUAGCACCAACGAUACACCCGUCGGCGGAACGAGGCUGGAGUUGAACGGCACGCCCAACGGACAUACGGAAGCGCCUACAGCGGAGCAAGAGCGGGUACAACAAGACGCAGAGCAAAGGCAGGAGGCUGAGAAGGAGCAAGAAGGAACACCUGACUUGUCAAGUUUGCACAUUGGAGGGGAGUCGACUCUCGACCCAGCACCAAUCCCACCAUCAAUAUCCACGUCAUUCAAGACCCGACCGAUCCCUCAUUCCUAUCUCAUCCUCAUGUGCAGUCAAAAGACCCGUGACGCCCGCUGUGGCCAGUCCGCCCCUCUUCUGCGAAAAGAGUUCGAGCGCAUCCUGCGACCCUUGGGUUUAUACCGCGACGUCCACGACGACAGGCCUGGUGGUGUGGGCAUAUACUUCAUCAGCCAUGUUGGUGGCCAUAAAUAUUCCGCGAAUGUCAUGAUUUAUCGGAGGCAGGGCCAGAAGAGAGACGGCAAGGACGCUGAUGGACAGAAGUUGGAAGACGAGGCGGUCCAAUUGAUAUGGCUGGCUAGAGUGCGGCCGGAGGAUUGUGAGAAUAUCGUGAGGUACACUGUCUUGCAAGGCAAGGUCGUGAAACCGAAGAGCCAGCUCAGAGGAGGUUUCGACAGAGAGAAGGGAGUGGCGAGUUGGUAG